UCACAGUAUAAUGUGACCAUCGAGAACACUGGUGAAGAGAAUGCUAUUAUAGAAUACACUUGGGUCCCGACCAGUGAUAAGACGCUCAUUGAAAAAUAUUUUGCUGCUCUCCCGGAAGAAGAACGCCCCAUUAGCGGUACGGCGGGAGCUUUGGAUAGACGUCAAAAGCUUCAAUAUCAGGUUAAGUCGUUCCUAAAAAUUAUUGAUUAUUGUUUUAGUUCCCUGAGAAUUUUUAUUUAUUCUUCAAAACACUGCACCAUGAAAAUUGGUGAAGUCGGUAUAGUAACAGAUCAUGGCAAGAAAAGCGAAAUUUGGCACCCAAACUGCUUUCGUUGUCACACUUGUCAGCAGCGCCUAGUGGAUAUGCUAUAUUUUUACAAAGAUGGUGAUUAUUACUGCGGCCGACAUUAUGGUGAUACAAUGUACCCAAGGUGCGCCGGAUGUGAUGAGUUAAUAUUCUCAAAGGAAUAUACAUUUGCUGAAAGCAAGAAUUGGCAUUUUGACCAUUUUUGUUGCUUUGGUUGUGAUAAACAGUUGGGAGGGCAUCGUUACAUGGUUCGUGACGACCAGCCCUACUGCUUCGACUGUUAUAUGACGAAAUUUGCUAAGUGUUGUCAAACUUGUCACGGUAAAAUCGCACCUGACCAGCAGAGAAUAUCGUACAAGGAACUCCACUGGCAUGCCAGUGGAAGAUGCUUCCAGUUAGGGGUCUAUUUUUCAAUUGGCACAGAACGAGUUUUGAAAAUUCAUUUAUUUGACCCGAAAUCAGAGGGGCGAAUAAUUUAA